AUGGCAAGCACAACCCACCACGACCAAAUUCGCCCGCAAUCCCACCCCAAUUUUCACUCUCACCCACAAUCGCACCCCCUCUCCCACCUCCACAGCACCUCCUCCUCCUCUCCAUCCACCACCUCACCCCCAACAAUCCUCUACCCCCCCUUCGCCGGCGCCCUCCAACCCGGACUCUACCGGCGACCCAAAAAAGAUCUCGCGAACCCCACUCCUCUAGGCCUCUCAGCCUUCGCCCUCUCCGUCUUCGUCCUUAGUCUUAUCAAUUGGCACACGAAAGAUGUAUCUCAGCCGAGUAUUAUUAUUUCCUUGUCGUUUGGAUAUGGGGGGUUGAUUCAAUUGCUGGCGGGGAUGUGGGAAAUGGCUGCGGGGAAUACUUUUGCGGCUACGGCUUUGAGUUCUUAUGGGGGAUUUUGGAUUUCUUUGGCGAUUAUUUUGACGCCGGGGGGAUUUGGAAUUCAGGCUUCUUAUGAUGAUCCUAAGCAUUUUAGUUAUGCAUUUGGAUUUUUCCUUAUGGGCUGGUUCAUAUUCACCUUCCUCCUCUGGAUCCUCACUCUCCGCUCCACCGUUGUCUUCUCCUUCCUCUUCUUCACGGUGCUCCUCACCUUCCUCUUCCUCGGUCUCGCCUACCUAUAUCCGACUGCGGCCGCAGCUCCCAAUCUCGCGCUUCAAAAAGCCGGGGGGAUGACGGGGUUACUGGCGGCGUUCGCUGCGUGGUAUGUGGUAUUGGCGGGAUUGGCAGAUGAUUCGAAUAGUUUCUUUACGGUCCCUGUGUGGCAUUUUCCUUGGAGUGAGAAGGGGAGAGAGUUGAGGAAGGUCAGUACGAGUGAGAGUCUGAGUGAUGGGGGGGAGAGGGGGAGUGUGGGGAGUGAGGUGAAGGUGGGGGAGGGGGGGGUGUAG